AGCCACUGCCUUUCGAGUCGUCUUUCCCAGGCCUGCGUCCGAGUCUACGCCGCUGCGGCCGCUCGGACGCCGAAGCUCUUAACUGCAGCCAUGAGCAGCCAUGAGCAGCAAUGAGUGCUUCAAGUGUGGGCGAUCUGGCCACUGGGCCAGGGAGUGCCCUACUGGGGGUGGACGGGGUCGUGGAAUGAGAAGCCAUGGCAGAGGUUUCCAGUUUGUUUCCUCAUCUCUUCCAGACAUCUGUUAUCGCUGUGGCGAGCCGGGUCACCUUGCCAAGGAUUGUGAUCUCCAGGAGGAUGCCUGCUAUAACUGCGGUAGAGGUGGCCACAUUGCCAAGGACGAGAGAGAGAGAGAGAGAGAGAGAGAGCAGUGUUGCUACAACUGUGGCAAACCAGGCCUUCUGGCUCGUGACUGUGAGCAUGCGGAUGAGCAGAAGUGCUACUCUUGUGGGGAAUUUGGACACAUUCAGAAAGACUGCACCAAAGUGAAGUGCUACAGGUGCGGUGAAACUGGUCAUGUAGCCAUCAGCUGCAGCAAGACAAGUGAAGUCAACUGUUACCGCUGUGGCGAGUCAGGGCAUCUUGCACGGGAAUGCACGAUUGAGGCCACAGCCUAAUUAUUUUCCUUUGUCGCCCCUCCUUUUUCUGAUUGAUGGUUGUAUUAUUUUCUCUGAACCCUCUUCACUGGCCAAAGGUUGGCAGGUAGAGGCUACUCCCAGGCCAGUGAGCUUUACUUGCCGUGUAAAAGGAGGAAAGGGGUGGAAAAAAACCCAAACACGACUUUCUGCAUUUAACUACAAAAAACGUUUAUGUUUAGUUUGGUAGAGGUGUUAUGUAUAAUGCUUUGUUAAAGAACCCCCUUUCCGUGCCACUGGUAAAUAGGGAUUGAUAAAUGGGAAGAAUUGUGUCAGACUGGUAAGCCCAUUCUGGGUUUCUUAAAUAUUCCCAUGAAAGAGGUAAAACCAAUUCUGGAGGUGUAUAUGAACUUCCAUAAGUAACUUUAAUUUUAGCAUAAUGAUGGCCUUGGAUUGUCUGACCUCAGUAGCUAUUAAA